UGCCCAAGAGCUGCCAAUCAGUCCAUGGGGUGUCUCUGCUGUGCCCCCUCCCUCGGGAUAGAUUAAUACACAGCUAGGAGGAUAGAGAGGCACAGACACAGGAACAGAUUGCUCUCUGGGAAGCCAGGCAUCUGCUCCAUAGAGGAGCUUGGUAACUAUGGAUGGAGGAAAGCAGCAUCUUUGACGUCAGGAUUAAUGAUUGGUCUCUCAUCUGGGUUCCCUCUCCUUGUGUUAUUUGUGUACACAGAGGUUUGCUCUGCUGUUACUCUCUUGCAUAUAUUUUCAUUUUUUUGGAGAUCAUCCAGCUCCAAUUCCCAUUGCACCCCCCCUCCUCCUGUGUCUCUAUCUCAGGGAGGGGAGGAGGAUCUUCAGUGACAUCCUGCAGAAUGAUUGGGGCUGAUGAAUAUUUCAUGGAUGAAGAAUGGAGAUUGCUUUGGUGAGUUGGGAGAACGGUGGAGCCCCAGCUGUAGCUGGCAGCGCAACAGCAGAGGAUGGAACUACAACAACUACUACCACCAGCAGAGCAGGCAGCACAGCAAGCAGGAAGGAUCUGCUGCAGAUCCCCAGGGCACCAACUUGGCUGAAUGAUUAUAGUCAAGGGAAAGAAGAGGUCGGUGGGGAAAGCUGCCAGCAAAGACCCCAACAUCCUCACCAUUAUCCUCCUAAGCAGCAGCAGCCACCAGGGACUGGGCAAGCAGGAGGAGGAGGAGGAGGAGGUGGUGGUGGUGGUGGUGGUGGUGGAGGUGGAUGUGGAGGAGGAGGUGUGGGCGAUCGGUUGCAAAGCAACGACAUGAUCAUGAGCUAUCCUGGCAGUAACAUCAAGGAUUGUGAUCUAGACACGGUGAUCAGGUUGGAUGAAGAGGAGGAACCCCAUGCCCACCACCACCAACACCAGCACAACCUGCCCGAGGAGGAGGAGGACCACCACUUUGACUUGGGUAUCAUGGACCACGAAAAUCACCAAAGGGUCAUCAUCAACAUUGCAGGCUUGAGGUUUGAGACCCAACUCUCCACGCUGAACCAGUUCCCAGACACUUUGCUGGGGGACCCCGAGAAGAGGAUGAGGUUCUUUGACCCUUUAAGGAAUGAAUACUUCUUUGAUCGCAACAGACCCAGCUUUGAUGGUAUCCUCUACUUCUACCAAUCUGGUGGCAAGAUCAGGCGCCCUGUCAAUGUUUCCAUUGAUGUUUUUGCAGAUGAAAUCCGUUUCUAUGAGUUGGGGGAAGAAGCCAUGGAGAGGUUCAGAGAAGAUGAAGGAUUCCUUAAAGAUGAGGAGAAGCCUCUUCCAAGGAAUGAGUUCCAGCGCCAGGUAUGGCUUAUUUUUGAGUAUCCUGAGAGUUCUAGUUCUGCUAGAGGUAUUGCUAUAGUCAGUGUGCUAGUCAUCCUCAUCUCUAUCAUCACCUUCUGCCUGGAGACCCUGCCAGAGUUCAGGGAUGAGAAUGAACUGCCCCCAGCGCUGUCCAAGGUGCUGAACGACACCCAACAGCCUACUCCCCCCAGUGGCCUGACAGAUCCCUUCUUCAUCAUAGAGACUACCUGUGUCAUCUGGUUCACCUUUGAGCUACUUGUCAGGUUCUUUGCUUGCCCCAGUAAAUCUGAGUUCUCCAAGAACAUCAUGAACAUCAUUGACAUAGUGGCCAUCAUCCCUUACUUUAUCACCCUUGGGACAGAACUGGCUGAGCAACAGACUAACAAUGGACAACAGGCCAUGUCUUUGGCCAUCUUGAGGGUCAUCCGCUUGGUAAGGGUCUUCAGGAUAUUCAAGUUGUCCAGACACUCCAAAGGACUGCAGAUCUUGGGGCAGACUUUGAAGGCCAGUAUGAGAGAACUGGGAUUGCUUAUAUUCUUCCUCUUUAUUGGAGUUAUACUGUUUUCCAGUGCAGUUUAUUUUGCAGAAGCUGAUGACCCGGAGUCUCAUUUCUCUAGUAUUCCUGAUGCUUUUUGGUGGGCUGUGGUUACUAUGACCACUGUGGGCUAUGGAGACAUGAGGCCGGUCACUGUUGGGGGCAAAAUUGUGGGUUCCUUGUGUGCCAUUGCUGGGGUACUCACCAUUGCUUUACCUGUCCCUGUCAUUGUUUCUAACUUCAACUACUUCUACCAUAGAGAGACUGACCAUGAUGAACAGGUGAUACUAAAAGAUGAACCUAGUAGUGCUCAGGGUAGCUGUGCUGGAGAUGUUAAGAGGAGUCCUAGUAAAUCUUCCCUUAACAAGUCUGCAGGGCACUUGGAAAAUGUUGAGGGUAUCAACAAUGGAACUGGUACUGUAGAGAAGACUAACCUCAAAGCCAAGAGUAAUGUGGACCUUAGGAAGUCCUUGUAUGCUCUGUGUCUGGAUACAAACAGGGAAACAGACCUGUGAGCUCCUCCCCCUUCUAUUCUUCAUCAUCAUGAACAACAACAACUCAAAUGAACCUAUUAAAACCAAAAUGGAAGAAGGGAUCUCUUUUUUUUUUUAUAAGGAUACAGUUGUCGUCUCUAGCUAACCAGGACAGUAUUUGCUGUUGGGAGAUACUAUUUUGUUACACAUUUUUUUGCAGUAUUUCACGUCACUGUUCUCUUUUUAUAACUGACUUCAUUGUUAAAGCGAGUCCCUCCCCCCCCUAUUUAAAUUUUAAAAGAAAUAAAUUAAAAAAAUGUUUAUUUUUGAAAGUCUGUUGAAAUUGCAACAUUGUUGCAGGGAACCAGAAAAACAAAAACUUCUAUAUGUUUAUGAAGACUUUUUGAAUAGAGAAUAAUAAGAAACAAAUUGUAUAAAUAUUUAAUGAAAAUAACUACAUUUUUGGAAUCGCUCUUUCUCUCUCUCUCUAUAAAACAUAAUUUAUAUUUUGCGAAAAUUUUCAUCACCGAGGUAAGAGAUAAAACAAAACACACAAUGCUCAAAUUACCUACACCUGUCGUGAACAAAGUUAUGGUCGAUUUAGUACGUGUAGUGAAUUUGGUGCUCUUGAAUAUAGCAGGAAAUUUAUUAUUAUUAUUUUAUUUUUAUUUUUUGGGGAAAAAAUAUUGUAUCGUUCUAUAUAAAUAUAUAUAUUUGUGAGCCUUAAUUUAUUAAUUCAUGUAGAUUUAUUUCUUUACAAAACAAACAAAAAAAUAUACUAAAAAAUAUGUUUAAAAAAUGUAAGGUUACCUGAUCUCCGUUUUUUUCAAUACGUUUUUCAAUAAUAAUAAUUUAAAAAAAAAACAAAAUCAGAGGGAGUUUUUUUUUCCCAAAAAUAAAUGCAUGUAAGUUAAAUAAAAAAUAAAAUAAAAAAUGAAUUGAUUAUUAAAUAAAUAAAUAAAUAAAUUAAUUAAUUCAAUAAAUAAAAAAUAUUUAUAAUAAUAUUUUUUUAAGACUUCAGACACCCAAAAAAGGAGAAAAAAAAUAAAAAUAAAAAUCUAAGUGUAUAGCCUAUGACCAAAUACAGUAGCAAUGGUCUGCAUCAAGCUUCCUAUAGUCUGGGCUGGGAAAUUGAUGUUCCACAAAUGCUGAGCUCAGUCCAUGUAUCAAAUCCCUCUUGUUAUUUUUGUGUCAUACACAGAAGGGAAAGAGAACAGCAUUUUGCACUUGACAUCCAUUACCUUUAAUGUGAAGAAGCAUGGAAGAGAUAGUAAAGAGGGGGGGGGGAUAGGAUGGGGUCUGAGUAUUGCAAAAAAAAAACUCUUCUCAAAGUAACCCUUUGUGCACCUGGACACCAGAUCUCCUCUCUCUGUGAUUACAAAAUCUUCUUCCUUGGAUGAGAAGAACAUAAAAAAGGGAAACGUAUCAAUGGAAUGAAUUAUCCACAAUACUCCAAGAGAGCUGCUCUAUCCUUCCGGCCUGCGGAAAUAUUUGGGAAAAUCCAUGAUGGGAUGUUAUGGGCCCUGAACACAACUUGAGCAAAGACUGAAGAACCAGCACAGAAGCCUUGGGACAUGGGGCAACAGGUUUCGAUUGCUAUGUGGAAAUUCAGGUACAAUACCCUGGAAGAGAACAUGAGGCGAAAAGCAGCAGGGACAAGAAAAUAAAUAAAUAAAUCCAGUCUUCACUGAGUCAUUUUGAUCAAAGAUUUUUCAUUGUACACAAUAGGACACCUCAGGCGAUGACGUCAGAUUUGUUUGAUUCUCAUGGACGUACAUAAUUUAUGUUUAAUUUAUUGGAAUAUUCCACAGCAGUGAAAUUUUUUUUCUUUUUUUUUUUAAUGAUUGAUAUAUCAAAUGUACCUCGCAUAUUCAUUUAUUGAAAAUUGUAAUUUAUUAAAUCUUUUUAGGUGCCAUUUCUCUUCACAGCAAUUUUUCACAGUUUCCGUUCAUUCUCACAAUUUGAUCACCGUUCUCUCUCUCUCUCUCCAAUUAAAAACUAAAUA